GCAAGCAAGUACAUGAUCAAAUGCAUGGCGAUGGGCCCCCCAUGGGUCAUCUACGACGAGUGGACUGAAUCAUUACGGGGAUUAUACGUGGUCAGCGGCCUGCGCGAGACUUUCUCGACGUCGUGGAGGGAGCACGUGGAAUGGUCUGAGAAGCCCGACGAGGAGAGGAGCGCCGAAGGAGGUUCCGCUGCUGAGGAAGGUGCUGGCAAAUGUGCUGGCAACGACGGCAACCCGAGCGGCGGCGGCACAGGUGCUGGCACUGGCGCUGGAAAGCGCGGGCGCAAAGGCAAAGGCGAGGGCAAUCCAGGAGGAGGCGGCGGAGGAGCUGGCGGCACGCUGGCGGAGGGUCAGCCUGCGCCUGAGACCCCAAUCGAGCCUUCGUCUACAGUCGACAAGAAGAAGAAGACCCCGCUCCAGCUGAGGAUCGUCGAGGCCCGCACUGUCAUCGCAGCGUACAGUACCCUAUCUGCACAGACCAAUACGCUCCUGGCCGCGAUCGAUCGGAACCCGAAUUGGUCAGGUCUGAAUCCAGAUGUGCUGAAGGCCAGCGCAGCUGCAAUGAGGGACAAGCACACAAACCUUGAGAGCAAGGUCAGUGAGGACCCCCUUGUCGCACAGGCCAUGUUCGAGAACCUUGCGACCUUGCAGAAGCGAGUGCCUGAGAAGGACAUGUGGUCCCUGAUGCAGAAAGUACUCGAUGUCAAGCCGUUCCUUGGGGAGCUCGAGAGCGAGGUCCAGCAGGUCAUGGACAUGUCCCGCGUGAAGCGUGAGAGGGAUGCUAAGGCGCAGGCUGACGCUGCAGCUGCUGCAGGCGGCGGCGGGGACGAGGCUGGCAAGCCUCCUAAGCGCAAGAAGGGCAAG